GUGAAUGGAGCUCAUUAUGCAUGCAGCCUCCAUUGACGAGGCGAGCUCCCUCCUCUCCCUGCAGGCUGCGUGGAUCUCCCUCAACUCUGACUAAAUGACCACAAACGGUUAACGGAUGGAUUAUAAGAUGGAUGGAUAUUUGGACCAGCAAGUGCCUUACACUUUAGCAAAUAAGUCGCAAGGAAAUGGGCCCCUAAAUAGACUGUUGAUGGCAGCGAAAAGGAAAUACAUGGACACAGAAUUGCCCCCUCAGGAAUCCGAAGACCUCUUCCAAGACUUAAGCCAACUCCAAGAGACAUGGCUCACAGAAGCUCAGGUUCCUGACAGCGACGAGCAAUUUGUCCCUGAUUUCCACUCGGAGAAUUCGGUGGCGUUCCACAGCCCUCCGGUCACCAUCAAGAAGGAGCCACAGAGUCCAGGCUCCGACCCCAGCCAGUCCUGUAGCCACAAGCAGAACUUCAGCUACCCGAGUGGAGAGCAGUGCCUUUACGCCAGUGCCUAUGAGCAUAAAAGGGCUACAGGAGGGGCUAAGAGCUCCUGCCCAGGGACACCUUUGUCCCCCAUGCACCACCAUUACUCCCCCAAACCUUCAAGUGCCGGACGGCCAGAGGGUUACAUGAACCCUGCUGCCUCCUCGCAGCCGCUGCCGGGCAAUACGUACCCCGUCAACGCCAGAUAUCAUGGCACUUCAGGAGACCCCAUGGGCCCCCAGUUCCCUCCGCCGAGCCAGGCCUUCCAGCGCAUGGCAUCAGCGCCAGCAGGCCAUGGCAGCAAUGGGGCUGUAGGGGGUGCUGGAUCAGGCGGUGGCGGCGGCGGUGGUGGAGGAGGAGGAGGAGGGCCGGGCGGAGGAAGCAAUGGCAGCAGUGGUGCGGGGGUUUUCCACCGGCAGCCCUCGGACCCUGGCAUGCCUUACUUGCAGCAGAGCUUCAAACAGGAGUACAUGGAUCCGCUGUAUGAGCGAGCGGCUCACAUGGCCGGGUCAGGCCAAGCUCACAGCCAUGGGGCAGGACCAAGACAUGUCCACGGACCUCACCCCCACCCCCACCCUCAUCCUCACCCAUCUCAGCAUCCACACUCACAUAUGCACUCGAACCGGUUCCCACCCGCCCACAUGAUGGUCAAGCAGGAGCCCACAGACUACACCUACGACCCGGAUGUGCCCGGCUGCCCCUCCAUGUACCACCACAGCGAGAGCUACCACCAGAACCCCCAGCACAGCAGCGAAGGUUACCUGUUCGAAAAUGACUCGCGCGUGGUUCCAGAGAAGUUUGAGGCCGAGGUGAAACAAGAAGGAGGCGCUGUAUUUCGCGAGGGGACCCCUUACCAGCGCCGCGGCUCUCUGCAGCUCUGGCAGUUCCUGGUGGCACUGCUGGACGACCCGGGAAAUGCCCACUUCAUCGCCUGGACUGGCCGUGGCAUGGAGUUCAAACUCAUCGAACCUGAGGAGGUGGCUCGGCUGUGGGGAAUGCAGAAGAACCGCCCGGCCAUGAACUACGACAAGCUGAGCCGCUCUCUGCGCUACUACUACGAGAAGGGAAUCAUGCAGAAGGUGGCAGGAGAGCGCUACGUUUACAAGUUCGUGUGUGAGCCGGAGGCCCUCAUCUCGCUGGCCUUCCCCGACAAUCAGCGGCCCAGUCUGAAAGCAGAGUUUGAGCGCUACGUCAACGAGGAGGACACGGUGCCGCUGUCCCACCUGGACGAGGGCGUGGCCUACACGGCCGAACAGAGCCAACAGAACAUGGGCCCGCAGCCCUUCUCCAAAGGCUACAUGUACUAAAGCCGACCUCCUUAAACGCCCCAACUGAAGUCUUCCUGUUAUAUCAGCCCACCAUCAUACACGCCUCCCGAGCCCCUCGCACCUCUUGCACAUGCUCCCCUGCCCCCACUUGUAUAUAAGGCUACGGUGUUUUUGUUUUAAAUUAAUCUCUUUAGGGAUUUUUGUUUGUAAGAGCUGCAGAGUCCUCUCACCUGUGAGACGGGUCCAUCCACAUGCCCAUGCUUGAAGAGAUGAUGCUUAAAUAAAUAAACGCAUUAAU